AUGUUUUGUAACCAGUCAGAUUCUGAGGAUCAGCCGAAACGUUCCCCGGUGUCCAGUCCUUCCGUGUGCCAUAAAUGUGGGAAGGGUUUUAGCACCAGAGUAGCCCUCCUCUGUCAUCAGAUCACUCACACGGACAGAAAGCCGUUUGUUUGCUCGGAGUGCGGUAAAAGCUUCGCUCAGUACCCGACAUUUUUGCUGCACAAGAGAAGCCACGAGGGAGAGGUGCCGUUCUCCUGCGCCGACUGCGGCAUGGUUUUCGGCCAAAAGUCCGACCUUUGUAAACACGUCCAAACCCACACAGAACAGAAACCCUUUUCCUGCAGCGUGUGCGGGAAAUGUUUUAGCGCCAGCUCCAUCCUCAUUAAGCAUUACAGAAUCCAUACAGGCGAGCGACCGUUUGCUUGUCCGGUGUGCGGGAAGUGUUUUAGGCAGAAGAACCAUCUGGACAAACAUAAAAUAGUUCACUCAGAAGAGAAGCGUUACUUCUGUUGGGAGUGCUUGGCGUCUUUCCCGUCCGCAGACGACCUCGCUAGUCAUAAGCUGACCCACUCGCUCAAUAAGCCUUUUUCCUGUUCCGAGUGUGGGAAGCGCUUCAGGUGGAAGUCCUCGCUCUUGGAACACGUUCGGGUCCAUACUAGAGAAAAGCCCUUUGCGUGUUCCGAGUGCCCAAAAACCUUUCACUGGAAGUCGUCGUUGGUAGAACACGAGAGAGUCCACUCCACUGAUAAACUGCUUUCUUGUCCCGAGUGCGGGAAGGGUUUUUAUAAAAGGGCCAAUCUAGAGCAGCAUCAGAGGACGCACAGUGGGGAAAAGCCCUUUGCUUGUUCCGAAUGUGAUAAGCGCUUCUCACGCCAGAGGCACCUGAAAAAGCAUCAAAUGCUUCAUAACCCAGAGGCAGCGUUUAAGUGGUCUGAGUGCGGGAAGUGUUUUCUCCUGGAGGCUACUCUUAAGCAACACGGUAAAGUCCAUGAGAAGAAACACUGUCCGAGCAGAGAUUGCGGCAAAGUGUUUACAUGCGAUUCAGAACUCAGCAAACACUUGCGGGUUCAUUCUGAAGAACAGAUAUAUUCGUGCUCAGAGUGUGGGAAGAGUUUUAGUGACAUGUCUAUACUGUUGAAGCACCAACAGACUCACACGGAAGUGAAGCCUAACCCUUGCACCGAGUGUGGCAAAUGUUUCACUGAGAAAACCGUUCUUGUUACUCACAGCGGGGAAAAACUGUUUGACUGUUCUACCUGCGGCAACAGAUUGAACCAGCAGGUCCAUGUGGUAAAAGAUGAACGCACUCACAGCAAGGUCACGGAGUUCUCUUGCAAAGACUGCGGAAAUAAUUUCUUGACAGAGUCCGAGCUGACCAACCACAUGGUCAUCCAUGCCGAGACAAAACUAUUUUCCUGUUCGGAAUGCGGCAAUUCCUUUUACAGGGAGUGCAAUCUAAAGCAGCAUGAGAGAAAGCACCUGAGCCGGAAAAUGUUUACCUGCAACGAGUGCGGGAAGAGUUUCAUAAAUAACGCACACCUUGUACGGCACCAGACCACCCAUACCGAGAGGAAGCCGUUCAUCUGUGCCGAGUGCGGGAAAAGUUUUGUGCAGUACUCUUCGCUCAAACAGCAUGAAAAAAUUCACCAAGGGUCGAGCGCUUUUAACUGCUCGGAGUGUGGGAAAGUUUUUACACAGAAGUCUGACCUCGCCAGACACAGCAGGACUCACUCUGGAGAGAAACCCUUUUCCUGUUCGGAAUGCGGCAAAUGUUUCAGCGUCCGUUCGGUCCUGGUAAAGCACGAGCGCAUCCAUUCCGGGGAGAAGCCGUACUCUUGCUCAGAAUGUGGGAAAGGCUUCAGCCAGAAGCCGCAUCUUGACAAGCACAAGAAGGUGCACAAUGAGCAGCAGCCAUUUGUUUGCUUAGAAUGUGGCCAGGGCUACGUCACCAGCGCUGGCCUAGCGAGACACAAGGCCACCCACGCAGGGAACAAACCGUUCUCGUGCUCCGAGUGUGGGAAAGGCUUCAACUGGAAGGCGUCUCUUGUAGAGCACAGCAGGCUCCAUACGGGAGAUAAACCUUUCUCGUGCUCUCAGUGCGGAGUCAGUUAUUCCAAGAGGGCGGCACUGGUGAAGCACCAGAAAACUCACACCGGUGACCUACACUCCCAGGAGAACGCCGAUCUUCCCAAAGAGCGUAAUGGUGAACCAGAUGUGAAGAGCGUGACCGGGAAUUGUGAAAGCGAUGGCGGCUUUAACGUCAUCACCGUAAAAUUGGAAGAGGAAGGGGGAACGUGCGGGAUCGGCGUCGGAUCUGAAUGA